AAAAUGUUAUUAGCAACACUAAAAUAAAAAAGGAGAACAGGAAAUCAGCUAAAAGACGUAAACGGGAAGGGCAAACGAGCCCUAGAUAUUCGUCGGCUCUCCUCCCCCACCCUCCAGUUUGCCGUUUUCUCGUCAGACACCAGGUGAUUGGUUUAUUCUGCAGUUGCUGGGAUGGCAAACAGAGAAGAGUUGGAUGGUGAUGAUGACUUCAGUGAAAUCUACAAGGCAUAUACCGGUCCCUUGGGUUCUAGUGCACCAAAUGCACAGGAAAAAAUAACAACGAAUAAAAGAUCACAUGCAGGCUCAGAUGGAGAAGAGGAAGCUCGUGACCCUAAUGCUGUCCCAACCGAUUUUACUAGCCGUGAAGCUAAGGUUUGGGAAGCUAAAUCUAAAGCAACUGAGAGGAACUGGAAGAAGAGAAAAGAAGAAGAAAUGAUUUGUAAAAUAUGUGGUGAAUCAGGUCAUUUUACUCAGGGAUGUCCAGCUACUCUUGGUGCUAACCGCAAGUCUCAGGAUUUCUUUGAAAGGGUGCCUGCUAGAGAUCCUCAUGUGAAAGCCUUAUUCUCAGGAGAUGUUGUCAACAAAAUUGAGAAGGAUAUUGGUUGCAAAAUUAAAAUUGAGGAGAAAUUUAUCAUUGUCAGUGGCAAGGACAGGCUAAUUUUGAAAAAAGGUGUUGAUGCUGUACAUAAAGUCAAACAAGAGGGUGAAAACAAGAGUGUUCACAAGCUUCCUGAAGAAGUUGAGCAUAAAGUUCCUUCUAGAUCGCCAGUUUCCCGGUCCAGAUCACUGGAACAUAGAAGUCCUGUUACAUCUCGUUUAGGACGAUCUGAUUCCCAAAAGUCUAGUCACAGCCCUCGCAAUUCUGCACAUAUUCCUCGGAGGUAUGGCAGACAUGAGAAAGUUGAAGACCGAGUUCGCGAGGAUCUACAAAGACUACCAAGUGGCUCUCCUCAAGCUGCAACCCUUUCUAGAGAUCUUGAACGGAAGUACUUAACACACUCUUCCUUUGGUGAAGCUUAUGGUAAUGAUGGAGGUAGAGGUCGAUCAAGCCAUUCAAAGUCUCCAGCACGGCCCUCUUACACAGGAAACUCUUAUAAUUCGUACAGCCAUAAUCAGAGUAGAGGUGGCUUCAGGACGGAUGGCUGGAAUGCUGAUAGAGGUGGAUCUAGUUUGCAGUUAGAUCAUAAAUUUGACUAUCCUUCCACUCCCCAGACAUGGGAAGAUAUAGAGCUGCACUACAACAGGGAGGUCGCGGAAAUUGUAAGAAUUCGAGAUAAAGAAGAAGAUGAAGAAAAUAUCAAGCAUCGUGAGGUUGUCAAAGAAAUAAGGGAGGGCUACAUGAAAAAAAUCAAGGCACUGAAGGGCACUCAUGCAACAAUGUGGGAAGAGUUUCUUCAACAGGAGCGGCAAAGGAGGCAACAAGCCAUGCUUGCUCACAUUUCUGCAUCGGGGUUCGGUGGUUACAAACAAUCAGGUUAUUCGGAGUAUGAGAAUGACUCCCCGAAUCUUCACGCCUCAGGAACAAAUAUGCACUCGAGGGGUGGUUAUCAUAGUGCGAUGGACGGCUAUCAUUCCUCAAGGCCUCACAACAAUUAUGAUGAUUUCCAGCAUCACAGGCAAGAUGACUUUGGAAAAUCAUAUAAUCGAUACUGAAUGGUUGGUGGAAAAUAGUGGCAUGGAUGCAACUGCUGGUUGGACACUACUGUUUCCUGGGGAGUUCACUUUGUGUAGGUAAGUAUGGUCGGGUCCUUUGGACAUGAUGUCCGGUGGCUGGGCCAGUAGUCGCUUCGAAAUCGAAGCUUGUUAGACCACCAUUGUAAUCCAAAGAACAUUCUGCUCGUGCUUUGUGUAGCUAGCUAGAGAGAGUAUGGAUUCCUCUGUUGGCUUUUGUGAAUCAGUUAGUAUUGAUAUUGAUCCUUCUGAGUUUUGCAUGACAAACAAACCAAUGUGUUAAGAGGUAUCUAUCCUCUUUUGAUACUUAUGCUUCUUAUGGCCAUGGUUUGCCUUGCCGUA